UACAGGGGAGUUCCCAACUGUGGUGUGUUCUACCCCUCGGCGUGCCUAGCUGUCUGCGUGUGGCAGACUGUCCUCCGAUUGUUGUAGACGUGAAACAGUGGAACAAUUAGCAGGGCACGGUGUCGCGACAUUCUUUGCCUACGGAUUGAAAAUAUUUCCUCAGUAGUGGUAGCUGCAGCGUAACGGCGUGACUCGUGUGUGGUGCAUCCAAACAUUUGCUAUGCAUUAAAGACACGAUCAAACGCACACAUAUGCUUAACGAUGGUAAAUAACGCUUAACAACCGCACAACAACACAUUCAUCCACGGUAGAAGCUCUGAGGGCGUGAGUGUAUUAUAAAAGUCGCUGGAUCUCCGUACAGCGUGCUCAAACUGCUUCCGGUCGCACGCCCGAUCUGCUGGAUAACUGAUCUUGGCGUAACGCAUCAACCAACAUGCAGACUUCUACAACAAUCCUUUCCGUUACGCUGCUGAUUGCCACCAUCUGCCAGAUAGUAGUAGCACAGUUCAACCAAUGCACCGGUAGUGAUAGAUGCAUCAACAUUAACGAAUGUGCCCGAUUUGGUCCACACUUUAACGAACCUUCCAAAUGGUCCGAUAGCAUCAGAAAUGAAUUCCGGGCGAAGGUCUGUCAACGAGAAAAGUCCAGUAGUGGAAAUAUAUACAAGGUGUGCUGUCAAAAAUCAGUAACCUACAACAGUAACCGCAAGCGAGGUCUGGAGGUGCUCGAUCUGGAAGGUUGCGGAGCAUACUCUGAAGAUAGGAUCGCCUUCGGCCAGGAUGCCAAACUAUUCCAGUAUCCUUGGAUGGCGCUCCUAAAACCCAAGAUUGGUAGCUUCCUCUGUGGCGGUACGCUGAUCAACGAGCGUUACGUACUGUCGGCGGCACACUGUCUCAAGCACACCGAUAUUGCGAUAGUUCGUUUGGGCGAGUUUGAUCUGAGAAACACAACCGAUUGUGACAAACGCGGUGAGUUGUGCGCACCGCCACCGCAAGACAUUUCGGUCGAACGAAUAAUCGUGCACGAAAAUUACAGCGCGCGUCGAAAGGUGAACGACAUUGGAUUGAUCCGUUUGGCUCGAGCAGCAUCCUUCAAUGAUAAUGUAUCACCAAUCUGUUUACCCGUAUCCCCAGUAAUGCGUACCACACUGAAAUUCUAUUUCGUUGCCGGUUGGGGAGCUACAGAAUCCGCUCCAUUCUCGGACAAGCUUCAGUUCACCAAGCUGAGUUUGCUGGCAAACGACGAGUGCGAACGGCAACUGUUAAUUGUGGAUCCGUACACAAAGUUAAACGACAAUCAGAUUUGUGCGAUCGGUACGAAGCUGAGCGAUAACUGUGUCGGUGAUUCGGGUGGACCGCUCAAAUCGAUCAGCGUCAACGCACGCUACGUCCAGUACGGUUUAGUGUCGUUCGGGUUGCCAACAUGUGGCAAGCAAAGUGCACCAGGUGUUUAUACUAGGGUGGAAAGCUACAUCAACUGGAUAUUGGAUAACCUGGAGGAAUGAAAACUGGAUGAAGGACGAAACAUUGAGCAGGCUCAACAAACAUACCUUUCCA